UGUCGACUAUUUUUAUUGUUCGCCAACUGUUUGGACAUAUGCGCAAUACGAACUGCGCGAAGGACUUGAGCGCGAACAAAUUUUGUUGCAGUUCAGCGCCGUCGCUCGUCCAGUUCGUACGUAUUUCAUUUUUCCGUGAGAUUUUGUUAAACAGUGUGGAUGAACACGCGUUUAACCGAUUCUAAUAAAACUAUUGUUUCUAACCCGUUUAUAGAAUGUUUCGCAUUACAUAGUAGAGUGUCAUAAUUUACAAGUUGACUUCUACUAUAAAGAAAUGCAAGUAUUUAUUUGGUCGAAUCUGAAACGACAAAAAUCUACGUAUUUCACUUAGCGUGUUAGUGCUGAUACCGAAACGGCUGAUCGAUCAAAGUAUCGGCAUCACCGAUUUAAUUAGCAACAAAGCAAAUGUUACGUUCGUAGUUUGUUAGUUUAAUUGUACCGGGGGGUGGUGGGACUUAAAACGGAAAGGUCGAUGAAACAUUAACAAAAAGGGAGUAUAUCGUGUAUCGCGAUAAAAAUCUGUCGUUACUCAACAGGUAAAUUAUGAAUAAUCGGUGAAUGAAAAGCGGUGACAAAGACGAUUAAAUGCGGUAACGAUUGUUGGCAGGUGGGAAUUUUCAGAUAUACCGGUACUCGCGUGUACUUUGGUCGCAUGCUGACCUCCGAGGGAAAACGAAAGCGAUCGUGCAUCGAGGUUACUCGCGAAACCGAUCGAUCUCGACGACCGGUAUCGGAACUAGCAAAUACCGUCGGGGUUGUCGACGCGGUCGUAGUGCAUACUGGAAAUGUGAAAUAACGCGUGGUGCUUGUCCCAUCUGAUCCUAUUUCAUUCCAUCCCAUCCCGUCCUAUCCCAUCCCAUCAAGGGCACCGUUUAAAAUUCGAUCGCGAAAAACGCGCGAUCGCUUUCCUACGGAGCACGUGUGCGUGUCGACACGUGGUUGCUCCAAGGAAACGUCAAACGAUCCAUGGAAUCAUGCGAUAACCGUUCUGCUCGAAUAUCCUUCGUCGGAGACGUUCUGCUUCGUAGGGUAAGUCUUCCGACUGUAUGGCGUUUCAUUCUCUUUCGGUAUACAGUUGUGAAACGACCACAUAUUGAGGUUUUACUAAAGCAAAUAACGUAUGUGCAUCGUUUCUUUGCUUAACGAAUUAGUAGGGCGGUAUCGUUCAAAAUCCUAAAGUAUUUCUACUUAUACAUAAGUAUGUAUAUCGGUAUACUCGCAUAGUAAUAUGUAAUACAUAAUGUAUUAUGUAGAUUUUAUACAUAAAUGUUUGUAAAUAUAUAUGUACCUAUUAUUUGACUUUGUAGAAAGAUUUUUAAACUAAAUUAUGACCUAAAUAACGUAUACAUGUAGAAAGUGGCUGUUGAAUCGAUAGCCACAAUAAUUAAUUUGUUACCGCGAAAUGCGGUAGACGAAACAACGUAGUGUACACCGCUUAACGAUAAAUCGCAGGAAAGGGAGAAGAGAAAAAUUGUUGAAUACGUGCCGGUAAAAGUACGCUAGCUUCGUUAUUACAAAUGGUCGAGAUUCGAGUAUCGGUGGAACCAUUAAGUGUCAGCAGAAAAAAAAAAAAAAAAAGGAAGCAUGCACCGACAUCGGGUGUUUAUUCGUAAACGGUAACGAGCAUUCUCGCGAAUCGAACCGGAAACCGAUACGAUAAGGUCAUCGCAUUUAACGAGUACCACCGAAUCCAUGUGGAAACUGGAUAGAAAAAAGUGCGAUGGAACAUCGUCGCGUCGGUCGUUGUACUCUUUCUAUCAACGAUUUUUCGAAAAACGAUACAACUAUCGAGUUUCGUUCAUUUCAGCGGUACAAUUAUUGCUCUAAUCGUAACCUGUUCGUCUCUAUUCAGAUACCGAAAGUCUGAAAUAUCGAAUUUAGCGUGCAUCGGUAAAAACAAGAAGAAAAUGCGCUUUCGAUGAAAAAAUAUGAGAUUAAAAAUCGAUUAUCGAUUCGAUUACCCCUGUAACCUAAGAUAAUAUCGUAUUUCGUUUUCAUAUCGUACUCUCUUGGUAGAAUUGCUCGGUUAAUGCUGAUUACACGUAGCUACAAAUGUCUCGUAUUGCUGGCAAGUUUCGCGAAGGAUGGCCGCAAUUUGCGGCUACUAGUGUCGAGCGCCAUUUUGAUUCACCUCUUUACAGGAAAUUACCAGGCCUGUUUCAAUUUGCUCUUCCCCCCCGUGAUACUCGAGGCUCCGUAACAAAUUUCAUUUUCUCCGCUAGUUAUCGGAGCAAGAAAAAAAAAUAAAUGAAACUUUCAGUUCGUCUGCUUCCACUUCGAUUUCAACUUAUUUCAUCUUCCGUUAUCGAACGACUAUCGAUCGCCGUUAGAGGUCAAUUCCGAAAGAAUUUGUACCGCGUUUCAUCGACUGUACGAAUGUCUACUUAUACUAUAACUAACAACUUAUAGAAUUUUUCUCUCGAACGAUUAGAUCGUAACUGACAAACCGAUUUCUGAAAAUCCGAACUUUCACACGAUCCAAUAACGAAACUACAAGUUUCAUUAAAGUCUAGUUAAAAAUAAAAAGAUCUUCUUAUACUAAUGAUAAUAUCUUACAUACAGAAUUGUAUUACAUAGUAAUAGAUCAGAUGCUUUUUUCCCAAAUAACAAAUUGUUAUUAAGAAUUUGUAUGGAAAAGUUUCAAGCUUCGAGUUGAUAUACCGCAAGUAUUGUUUUGUCAAACUUUUAUGUGGUCGAAUUGACAGAAAAGGAGUUAUGAAGUUUCAAAAUGUACCUAGUUAUCGAGUCAUUACGAUCACUAAGAGAACUAAACGUUUCGAAUGAUUAUCGAAACGGCUCGAAUUUCUCCGAUAAUUAAAUCAUUGCUUUUAUCGGAAAAUUGGAAUCUAUACGUUCUACGCGCGUUUCGUGAAAUCAUGAAAUUCUUUGUACUAAUUUUAUCGUUGUUCGAUCCGCGAAACGUAACGACGAAUUGUUCGUUAUUACAAGAAAAAGUUAGUAAGAUAAAAUAGCAAUAAUUGGGCUGAUUUGUACGCGAAAUACAAUAGAGAGAGAAAGAGAGAGUAUAAAUCUUAAUCGUCGUUCCAUGUUCCCUGCUGCUUCCUAUAGAAAUCAUAAAUCAAAGCCCUUCACGUUCUCUAAGCCGAUUAUAUUUGGGAGCUAAGGUUCAAAUAAUCGAACGAAGAUCCUAUCUUUUAUCCACUUAACGCAUUUUUUCUACUUUUCCUCGUUCGUUCGAACACAAACAUUCGUGAAAAUAAAACUUUUAAUACGUAUUCUGAUAUACAGUAACAGUGAUCGACGUUACAAAUUUCGUUUGUUCCGAUAGACAAUUACGAAUAGCAGGAAUUUGAAACGGCAAAUCAGAAUAUUAAAUUAGAGAAUUAAUACUUAAUGUAUGUAAUAAUCCGUUAGAGGGGAAUGAAUUAUCGGUUCGACGGUGAGUUUGUUCGUUUGAACGUUUCAACGUACCAACGUGUAUCAUUGAAAUACAAUAGCAGUAUCGAAAGAAAUAUGUAUGCAGCCAACAAUGUUGUUUCAAGUAUAAUUAAUUAAUAGUACAUUACGUUAAGAAUCGAUGUAAUGUACUAUCGUAAGUAGUAGAAUCAAGAGCGAUAGUUUUAUGCGAUCGAUUCGAGCGUAACUUUUCCUACUUCGACAUCGACCAUAUUAACCAAGUUAUUUCCUGUUAACGCUAAUCUCGAGAUUAUGCGAAUGUAACGAAGAAAUGGAGACGCUUUACACGGGAGCGAUCCACGGGUUUCCUCAAUCGAACGGUGGACUCGGCAAUGGAAUGUCCCCAGGAAUCGGCAACUCGUUCGAUCAGGACGGCGUUUUGAGUCUGAUCGUCGUUUUGGGCGGAAGUUUGUCCCUGGUUGCUCUAGUUUUCGCCUUCAUUACCUAUAGCUUGUUCUCGGACUUGAGAAGCCUGGCAGGUACGACCCUUAUGAAUCUCUUGGCAGCCCUCUUCAUGGUUCAACUGCUCUUCAUCGUUGGAGUGGGUGGUGUUCAGGACUCGGAACUGUGCAUUUCCCUGGGGCUGAGCUUGCAGUAUCUUCGAAUGACGGUGGUUUGUUGGCUGGCUGCGAUGUGUCAUCACCUUUACGCCAGUGUUGCCUCUAUACCGCGACGCGACGACCCACCAACUUACCUCAAGUACAGCGUGUUCGCCUGGGGUGCACCUUUUCUCAAUCUCGGCGUCGCAACGUUUCUGCAGAUCCGCGAGGCGAACGACAUCUGGAACAUCAGGGAUCUUACGCCCUUUAAUUGCUGGUUCCUGGGAACUAAAGCGACGAUUUAUGCAUACGGUUUACCGGUGAUUCUUUUGCUCCUUGCUGCGGGAUACUAUCUGAUCAAAGCUGCUAUCGUGUCCAGAUACACGUGCAGCAUGCAGCUGGAAAUUAAGCAACGCGAGAAAAUGAAACGAAGAAGAGCGUUGCAGUUGGUGCUCUUUUUAAAAGUGAGCAUGAUAAUAGGUCUGGUGGCUGGUUGCGGAGUCGCAUCUAGGAUAUGGAAAGUCCCUUUCUUGUGGGCCGUAUUUUGUACCGGCCAUUCUCUGCAGGGUCUAGCCGUAGCGUUAUCCGUCGCGUGCAACUGCAGAGUGCUGAAAGUUUACGCCAGGAAGUCUUACAGGCAGCCGAAACAACAGAUCGCUCAUUCGAGUAGCAGCAUGCAACUGCUCGCACCUGCUCCGGAUCCGGUGUAGAUUCAACCCGACCGUAGGACCACCUUCUCCUCGAUAAACACGGAAAAUCAAAAGGAUGGAAACUAGACGCGGUCACGGUAUCCGAGGAUUACGAUUCGUUUCGAAACGCUACAACUCUCCUCCCGAAUUCGUUAACCCUCGUCUAGACGAAGACCUCGACUAGUACCUCGAUUUCCGAAAACCACCAAACUACCCUCUAAGGCCAGCUUCCUCUUUGUUCGAGCCGUAUAUCGAACAUAUAGUCGAUUAUAGAGAACGAAAGAGAAGAAGAAUCGAAGAGGAAGAAUUUCCAAGUUCUGGAAGCCGUUAAGAGACGAGUAAGACGAGUAAGAGUAAAUCGCGAUUUACCGUAUGUUAGCUUCCCACCGCGUUCAAAGAUCACGAAUCGGAAUGGAAGCUUUUCGUUUCGCAUCUCGAGAACCUGCUGUUGCUGCUGCUGCUGCCCGAACGGUGAAAUCGAACAAUCGAACAAAGAUCGGGAAACACGAACAAGAAAACCGAAGAUAAUCGCAUCAACAUAUCAUCGCUAACCCGCCACGAUUCUUCUACGAUACUAGGCGUAUAAGUUACCGCGCGAUCGUCUAUAGAUCGCGUUAGCAAGAACCGUGCAUGCAUUCCUCCAGCGGAAAUUUCGAUAACGACUCGUCGUAACUUUUCGAGCGAAUCGAACCGUCUCCGAUCGACCGCGUACGGGACGACAGGCUUCGUAGCAAAACCAUUUUUUUCUCGCUUCUUCCUGAUCGUUUCAGCGAAACUUCUAUAAGCGAACCGCGGCUGAAACGUCGUUAACAAUCGCGUUUCCGAAUCGGCAAAUUUCUAUUCGUUAGAAACGCGUGGCCCUCCCGCGUACACUUUUUUCUACCAGCGUUGGUACACGAGAUCCGAGGAAAAAAGAAAGAAAAUAGGCAAAACUUAUCCGUAGUAUAAGUUGAAAAUGAAGAGCGAGAGGAAGAAGACUCGAGUCGGUUGCUUUAUUCGAUACAAAUCGACGCAUUUUUAAAUACAUACGAGCGCUUUCUUAUCCUCGUUGGAAAAAUAUUAGCCCGAAAAAACUUAAACUCUGUUUAUCGAUAGAAGACGCGAAGGCGAAAACGACAAAAAUCCUCGAUCACUCGACAGAACACGACCUGUGAAAUUCUAAUACUUCGUUACAGCCACGGUUUUGCCUUUUCUUCGAUCGGACCUUAUACUCGAUAUCGUUCGCUACAGCGAUUUCGAAAACGAAAACGCUGUUGUAAUUAAUCGUUCGAACGAUAUCUUGAACACAGUCCUCGUCGAAAAGUAGAAAAAAAAUGUUCGAGAUGGUCGUGUAUCGAGACGGACCGGUAGAUUUUCACGGGACGAUCAUGGAAAGAAAACGAUACGAAGACGAUCGCGAGUCGAUAGGAUAGGAAUCGAUAGUAAUCGAGUCGUGUCGAGGAGAAACGACGUGACGGAAAUGGAACGCGUCGAGUAUAUCGAUCGAACGCGAAAGGAAUCCACGCGCGACGCUUCCGAGCGUAUACGUUCCCCGCGUCGCGGUUUGCGGCUGGCAUUCCCUCCUACGAUGCAAUUAACGCUCGGUAAUGACCUAUGCGUUCGCAUUAGUACGCGUUAACCACCGAUACUCUGUAAAUGUAAGAGCAUGUAAUUAUCAGCAAAUAAAUAUUUUCAACUCCUACAUGGGAUACUUUUACUGGUUCGAUGAAAGCCCCGAUAUAUCCCGAUAGCCGUGUGGCCCGCUUUUCUAAGAAAAAACUCGCGAGUUUCAGCGGCCGAACAUUAAUACCGGACGAAACGCUUCGACAGAGCGAAACAAAGAAAGAACAUGACGAGAUGGAAAAGUCAGCGCGGAAGGUUCACAGUUGAACGCGUAAUUAUUGGAAAAGCAAUCCGUUUUAAUAUCUCGCUACCAUAUUAUACGUUGGUCAACUUUCAAAAGAAUCGAUCGUCCAUUUCACGGUUACUCGUCGUUUUCUUUUCAACUGCCAAACGAGUCCUAAUGAUCCGUAGUUUAACUCGAUUUUACAGAAAAUUUUCAAUAAAAUUUUCAGUAUCUAGAAUAUUUCAGCGAAUUCGUAGAAAUAUCUUGAAUUAUCGAUUUGUCGGUGUAACAGCUAGCGACUUUGGUUUCUAUUCGAAUUUCUCGAUUUAAACCGUGAAUAACACCGCUACUUUUUUCUAACGCGAUAACGAACCGCUACGACAAUUCUUCGUUUCUUAUUGUCCACCCGCUAAUAUUACAUCACCUAUGUUGUAAUUCGUAAUUCUGUACGAGAUGCUUUAUUCGGGUCUAACCGAUAAAACUCUCGUCCAGCAUAAAAUUAACAUAACCUUCCUAUACGUAAUUCAAAUAAAUGAUGUACCCCAAGUAAUAGAUCGAUACCUUGGAUCGUUUCGUAGGAGAAACGUGCGAUAAGAGGUUGGCAGCGAAUAAGAAUAAGAAAUUGGUAACCGAUUUGGUAAAUGUUGUUCGAGUGACUGAAACGCAUUCGUGUCUUGUCCCACUCUGUUCUAACAGCAAACUGACAUUUAAUUAUCGAGAAGCUCCACGAUGGGUGGGUGCAACCAGCAACCGCACCCUUUUUUCUCUCUUUGCUAGCCAGCAAACGGACUCUUUUAUCGGUUCGACGUGUUAGAGAGAUCAUUCCACCCUCGAUUACGGAUAUUGUCCUUUAGCGUAACCUAUUUUUCCCGGCGUUGCGUGAUCGCGCUACGCGAUUUUUUAUUACUCCCGUUAAUAAAGCAAGGCUGAAUUAAGACGGAGUAAACGUAUCUUAUUUUACCGACGUCGCGUUCGGUGAAUAAAACUAUCGAAUAAUUUGAAUGAAUCGAUGUGCGGUGGUUAUACGGCUCGUUAUUCACGGACAGUUUAUCGAGCAUCGAAGUAAGUAGGUAAAGGUGAAGGUGGGUCUUACCCGACCCUCGCACAACUACGCUGGAUCGUCGCUACAGUGCCACCGAGAUUUAUAUCGUAGCUCGAGCGAACUUUUACGCACGCUAUGACCGCUAUGCGUUCUACCGCAACGCGUUAUAGUCGAUGUUGUCAAUUUUCCGCUGCAACAGUCCCAUCCAUGACACUGCGCCAAAAAUUUACACCUAAUGCCGAACAUGUAAUAACAUUUUCAUCGCAUAAGAUUACGACUAAAAACUAUAUUUAUCUAGGAAAUAUAACUAGGAAACCCGUUUCAUCACUCUUGACAAUCGAUGCGUUAACCAACAAAUUACGCGCAAUCACGAUGAACCCGUAUGUCUUUCAACGAUCUGACAUUAUUUUCCAAUCGACCCUUGUAGAUUACGGGAUUCGCAACCGAGCCAAGAACACACGAGACAGAGAGAGAGAGAGACUGCGACGGGUAAUCCAAUCGGAACACGAAAGCCGCAUUACGAAUCGGAUAAAUCUGGAGAAUAAAAAUGUUCGAACAGUUCGUGAAAUUACCACGACGAAACGCGUUUCCCUUGUUCCAAUUAAUCGUUGCUUCUAGUCAACGAUCGCCUCUUUCCAUUACGAUUUUGUCGUAUGAAUUAAAACGUACUCGAUCGAUCGAGACGAUGAAUCGAGCGAAAAGUUUAAAUAAGUCGCGACGAUUAAGACAUUUUAGAAAAUGAAUAACAAAUACAAUUGCGAAUACGGAUAUCGAAACUCUAGAAAAACGUUAGGAAGCAUUAUACUCUUGAUAAAUUUGAUAAUUUUUCAAAUUUUCAAACGCUUGAAACGUUCGAUAUAUUCUUCGCUUUAUUUCGAAUAAAAAUUAUGCCACUAUUUUCGAUUUAAUUGAAAUAUUAAACCACGGAUAUUCUACAUCUUAUUUAUGUAUCCGGUACUUUCAUUAGUUAAUUUUAGAAAUUACCUCAGCCGUUGGACUCUGAAAUGCUGUGUAGUCAUCUAUCAGCAAGAAUAAUGAACCGCUGAAAAGUUGCGGCGAACUCUGUUACUACGGCUCGAGUGGUUCGUCGUGCUAUCUAUCGUCCAUCGUAAAAACUAUGCAUUUUCUUUUCCCUUUUCCUUUCAACGCGUUCGAUGGCAAAUAACGGCAAUAACGGAACAAUUUUCUGCGAUACCGCGUCGGUUCUCGAUUUCGAUAACAGAUGGCGAUAAUAUUCGGCUCAAUGUACCGGCUGAUUUUCGAACAAUUACGAAUAUUUACGUAGAAAUAAAAGAGUAGAGCGUCGUUUUGGCUAUUAUGUUCGAAUACGUUUCUCUUUCACGGCACUUUCGAUUAUUCUUCGCUAUAUUAAACACGAAAAAUGUUUUUACAAACUUUUAUGCGUACGCCUAUCUGUUCCGAUUUAGAUGAAAAACUUCGGAAUCAAAUUUAAUAAAAUUUACAAAGUUUGUAAACGACAUUAUGCGUUUCCAACAACUUUCAACUUUUAACAUUAUGUCCUAUUAUUCUCGAGUAGGAUAUACAUAUAUUCUUCGAUUGUUCCUACUUAAUAAUUACAAUUUAAUUGAAUAAUAAUAAUCUCUGUCAACUCUGUUUUCACGAAUAACCCGCAAUAAGCAACAAUGAGUGAUAUUGCUAGUAAGUACUAAACUAAUUGAUAAACGAUCAACGAUAAGAAUUCGUAAUCGCUGUUAAUUUUAUGAGUUAAUGUCUCCAACUCGGUAGAAAUUUUCGUUUCGAUCUUUUGAUAUAUCCUACGAUACGUUAAAUAUUUGCUACUUUAAACGGAAAGAUACAAAAUAAUUAUCUUCUUGAUGAAGGAAAAUAGAAAUAUCGCGGAUUUAACCACAUUGGUAUAUACCAUACAAAAUGAUUGUAUUGUAUAUAUAUACUACUUCUCUCAACUAUUUACUAUUUCCUAACAGUUCAUUACCUAACAAGUAAUUUACAUGUCAGAAACUUAAGCCAUCUCGAUGAAAUAUCGACAGUGCAUCAAUAUACAUUUUUGAAUCGCCUAGUUCACAAGCGACAUUAACGUUUCUUAAUUAUUAUCGGAUUUAACGCACCUUGUUUCGAUAAACGUUGUAACGACUGAUUUAUUACUCGCGACAUUAAAAAGUCUACCAGUAUCGUAACGUAACAGGAGCAAAUUACAAGUCCACCAUAAUUGUUCUGUUCCAGAUUCUUGUUAAUUCGUAGUUUCCAAUUUUGUCAACGUAUCUAACAUAGAGCAUCUAAUCAUCAAAAUAUAAAAAACAAGCAGCGCACUAGCAAUCGUUGUUUUUAUAGAAAAAAGGAAAAAUGUUUGUACGGAAACGUUAAAACGUGUAACAAACGAAAAAUCAAGUUCAACAAUUUUUAGUUUCAGAUAAAAUAAACGGCUAUCGCGCAAGACGUAAAAUCUAAAUAAAACAUUUGAAACGCAUCCGCGUUAGGUUAAGCGAUACGAGAACCUUUGUCGAAAAUUAGAUAAGCAUACGUGUGCGCGUAUACAUGUAGCUAUAUUUACGCUAUCAGCGAUCUACCGUCGUAAUAUCGCAACGGUUAGUUCUUUCAUAAACUUAUUCGUGUAAAAAAAUAUCCAAAUUCUAUUUUAACAAAUAGAUUAAUUUUCCAAUUUGAUUUUUUCUUAUGCCGUAAACAAGAUUUUCCAUACAUUUUUGGACCAACAAGAGCAUUAUUAUAACGUGUAUCAAGAAUGAAUGUACACGCACUUCGAUUUAUCGUAAAAAUCUUAAUAUCGAACUUCUUGGACAUUUUUGUUUUUCAUAAAUACCAGUUAUUUGUAUACUUAUGCAUGUAUGUAUGUAUGUAUGUAUGUAUUUAUGUAUAUAAAAUUUACCGUUUAUUCACUUAAAAUAAACUAAAUAAUUGAUAAUGUAAUGUCAUUAAACAUUUUUGAUUGAAUCAACAAAAAAAGAAAGAUAUUCAAAGCUCUACAUUUAUGUAUUUUUAUAUAACACGACGCUCACGCUGGCAAACCUCGCUCCGAUUCAUUUUUUUUUUUUCUUUCCUUGUUUUCUUUCUUCCUUUUUUUUUCGAAGAUAAGAUCAAUUGCCAUACACGAAGCUUAAACCUUAACUAUGUACACGCGUAUCGCAUUUGAUUUUAAUCUCUCGUAAAAGCGACGCUAGGUCUCAUCAUGUUUCCGAUAAGAAAAGAAAAAGGCGACAUAGAAUGGCAAGUUCUAUGACUUCUCGGUGAAACAUUAAUAAUCAAAAGCGAUCAUUAAAUCGAUGGAAACCAAAUCUUCGUGU